UGAAGCUGCCCGGCAAAGCUUCGGGAGGAGGGUAAACGCCGAUUCGCCGACGCGCGCCCGCCUGGUUGAUUUUAUCAAUCGCGGGCAAUCAUUUUCGAGGAGGCAGCAACCCCCACGAAACUCGCCGCAAUACCUCACACCUGUCUUUCAAUCACCUUCUAUACACAUCAUGGCGGCUCAAGUGGCAAGCAGUGGCAAUACCGGCGGCGGAAAUGCUGCAUUCAAAGACAAGGAAAAGCCGAGAGCUGUGCGGAUAGCCAAUAUUGUUGCGGCGAGAGCUGUGGCCGAUGCGAUCCGAACUUCCCUCGGACCCAAAGGCAUGGACAAGAUGAUUCAAACAGGCAAAGGCGAGACGUUAAUCACCAAUGACGGCGCAACCAUGUUGAACCAAAUGAGCGUCAUGCACCCCUCCGCGAAAAUGCUUGUCGAUCUAGCACACGCCCAGGAUAUCGAGGCAGGAGAUGGCACAACCUCUGUUGUGGUGAUAGCAGGAAGUCUGCUGGGAGCUGCGGAGCGGUUACUGGCCAAGGGUAUCCACCCCACAGUCAUAUCAGAAUCCUUCCAAAGGGCCGCCGCAUUCGCAAUCGAGAUCCUUACCAACAUGUCGAUACCCAUUUCCCUCACAGACCGAUCGACGUUGCUCAAAACCGCAGUCACAUCCCUGUCUUCGAAGAUCGUUGCAUCAGAGCCCAAAUUGCCAGUUAUGGCCGUGGACUCGGUACUCAAAGUAAUUGAUCCCAAAACCGCCGACAACGUGGACCUGAAGAACAUCCGCAUCAUCAAGAAAGCGGGAGGCACAAUCGACGAGAGUGAAAUGAUCGACGGCUUGGUGCUUAACCAGCCUGUAGUGAAGAGCGCCGGAGGACCUACACUGAAGGAGAAGGCCAGGAUUGGUCUGAUUCAAUUCCAGCUCAGCCCUCCCAAACCCGACCUGGAAAAUCAGAUUGUUGUCAACGACUACCGACAAAUGGACAAGAUCUUGAAGGAAGAGCGAACAUAUCUCCUCAACAUGGUCAAGAAGAUCCAGAAAGCCAAGUGCAAUGUGCUUUUCAUUCAAAAGUCGAUUUUGCGCGAUGCUGUCAACGAUCUAAGUCUUCACUUCCUAUCGAAACUCAAGAUCCUGGUCGUCAAAGAUAUCGAGCGUGAGGAGAUCGAGUUCAUUUGCAAGAGCACCGGAUGCAAACCCAUUGCCGAUGUAGACUCCUUCACGGAGGACAAGCUUGGUUCAGCUGACCUGGUCGAGGAAGUACAAGCGUCCGGUGCACGAUACGUAAAAGUUUCCGGAGUCAAGAGUGCCGCUUCGACAGUCUCCAUUGUUUGCCGCGGUGCGAAUUCCCUCAUUUUGGACGAGACGGAGCGUUCCUUGCAUGACGCCCACUGCGCUAUUCGCUCUCUGGUGAAGAAGAAGGCUCUUCUUGCAGGUGGUGGUGCGCCAGAAAUCGAAGUGGCACACCGUCUUUCCUUGAAGGCACGCGAACUCACAGGCACCGAAUCGAUCUGCUGGAAAGCUUUCGCGGAUGCUUUGGAGGUCAUCCCCACCACAUUGGCCGAGAAUGCGGGUUUGAACAGUAUCAAGGUAGUGACCGAGCUGAGGCAUCAACACGCCAAAGACCAGAUAAAUGCCGGUAUCAGCAUCAAGAGUGGUGGCGUGAAGAACGACAUCGCGGAAGAGAACGUGCUACAGCCACUAUUGGUCAGCACAAGCGCGAUUGAGCUCGCUGCUGAGACCGUCAAGAUGAUAUUGAGGAUCGACGAUAUUGCUCUCUCCCGGUAAAGGCAAUAUCUAGAAUUGGGCCUGGCUGUGUAGAAUCACGUAGGUUCGAAGAAAAAAGAACGCCGGUAAAAUAAUAUCAAAUGGUCAAAGCUGCCCAUCCACACUGCUUCAUUACACCAGGAAAUACAGAUUGAUCGGUUGUUAUCGCUAUAUCAUGCCACUGCUUCGAACCAAGCGCCGCAUCUCCUGAGAUUCAUAACCACAGCUGAGACUAUUGACAAGACGCCUUCGCUUGGUCAAUCAACGCCUUGCCUUCCGUAUUGAGCAGAUGCUAAUUUGCGUGCAUGCUGUGUAACAGUUCCUGAUAUGCCUCUCGUUUCUUGACAGGGAUUACAGCUCCCCUCUUCUCCUCACUUUGACACUUCGACGUGGUCCCUUCUCAGUAGACCUGGUAGCACGCACUAUCAAUCCUCCCAAGGAUGCAGUCACUCAACGAGGGAUGUAGAUGUCUAUCGUCAUGCUAAUGAAGCGCGACGAAACAGGCUACAAGACCGCCCAAAGUGCUUCAAACGCACAAUGCGUUGACUGCACGAGAAAUCACCUGUCUUUUCUCGUAUCCUACUUCAGAGACGCUACAUUCAACAAUGCUAUGCAUGUACGGUGACUAUGUGUGUGUGUGUAGGCGAGUGGUGGUCGCUUAUGCUUGUCGGUUCCCAAUCAAUCCAUCAAUCGUAGCCAGCCCCUACCUCUCCACGUCUACCGAUCAUGCAAGUGUACUAUAUGUGUAUGUACGUAAACUGCACUACACUGCACGGAUACAUGUA